AUGCAACAACCUCCAAAAUUAACUUCUGGUAAAUUACAGAAAGCUGCUGAACCGGCCAAAACUGAAGUGGCCAAUAAUUUUUUUGACAUGAUUUCUCAUGUGGAUGGAGCCGUUUAUCCGUGGGUGAAUCACCUUCUUCUUCGUGUNGCUGAAUCGGCCAAAACUGAAGUGGUCGACAAUUUUUUUGACAUGAUUUCUCAUGUGGAUGGAGCCUUUUAUCCGUGGCGCAUCGUAAUCAAAUUACUGGUGACUUACUUCCAGAGAAACCACAGCAAAGAGGUUCUUGAUCUUAUGGUUCGCAUGUUGGGAUUUUCUGAUGAAGACAAGCAAAGGAUAGGUGUAGCUCAACAAGGGGCUGGCAAAGGAGUAGUUCGCGGUGUCUUGGGUCUUCCUGGUCGAUUAGUAGGUGGCAUCAUGGGUGGUGGUUCCGCUGAAGCUCCCACAACUAUGGCAUCUGAGGACCAGUCUUUUGCAAAUUUGUGGGUUGAUUUUCUCCUCAAAGAGACUGUAGAAAGAGAAAAGAGAGAGUCUGCUGAUACUGCAAAUGGAUCCAACAGAGAACAUAAAGGAAGUCCAAAUCCUAUCGGGAGCGUUUCACCUUUGUCAGAUCAAAAAGGGGAUAAUGUUGCCGCUGCUCCAACUUUCUCAAGAUCAAACCCUUUUCAAAACCAGAACCGAAGCCCUGAACCAUCUCGUGGAAAUUUCCUGAAGUCUGAACAUUCUGAUUCGGAGUUUUCUACGGUACCUCUCACUUCAUCCGAAAGCAAUUCGAAAAUUUCUAGACUGCUUCCAAGAUAUUGA